AUGACUGAAUCUGAAGCCAGUUAUUGUCAUAAUGACAACUUUUUAAAGUUCACCAACAGAAAAUCUAUUUCAAAUGCAAUUUUCGAAUUUUAUUACCAACUCUACUAUAAAAUCAAUUGAGAAGAAAAUUCUAAACUUUGACAAAAAGGUAAAGUAGCAAUAGAGGGUGUGAUAUGAUGCCUCCAAAUAAUAAGCUUACUGUGGCUUCCAGAUAUGUCUAUCAGUAAUUGAAAUAAAAAUAUGAUCAUAUGGAAGAUCAUAGGAUAUGUAAAAUUUGACAAUGUUUGCUCAGAAUUAGGGAUUAUCAGUGAAUGCUUAAUUUUAUCAGUGUUAUUUAACUGUGCUAGUUUUUUGAUAUUUAUUAGUUUUUUUACUGCUAUUUAUAAUUCUUAUAGCAUACCCAUUCUCAUUUUGAACAUCUUCCGCUACCUUUUUAUAAUACUCUGCAAAAAUUUCUACCUCAGCUUGUCCAGGAAUAGAUAAUAAAUAUAAUAAUAAAAUUAAUUUUUUUCUAAAAUUCAGUUAUUAAGUUAUUAUAAGAUCUAAAAUUCUGAUAAAAAAUUUUUAUUGCUGAAUUAAUAUUUCUAAUCUAUUAUAGCUUAUGGAUAACUUUUUUUUUUAUACCCUCAAUUCAGCUUUUUACAAUUUUUCUCAAAUACAAUUUUUUUCCUCACUCUCCCCUCCAUGAGCGAACGAGACCAUUAGAAAAAUCCCUAUUUUUUGCACCUCAAUGGACCAAAAAAAUGUUUUUAAUACAAACAUUUUGACGGGAAAAAAAUUUUGAUAUAUAAGUGAUAACUAGUAUCAUGAAAUCUCGAGCUCAUUCUGAUUAAUUUUAAACAAAUUGUGUGCCUAAAACAUAAACUUUACAAAUUAAAUUAAUAUUUGCCUUCAAAUUUUCUAAAAGUGGAUUUUUUAAAAUAAUCCCCCCGUGAGGAACUUUAUUUUUUUGUAGAGGGAGUCAGGAUAAAAUUGCAGAAUAUCAAAAUCACAAUGAUUCUUCAGAGUUUGAAAUUAGCUUACUAUGUCAAAUUGGAAUAAUAUUUUCAAUGAUAUUCGCAAUGGUUCUAAUUUUGCUAAACACACAAUUUUCUGGGGAUAUUCGACAUUCUCUGCAUAAAUUAAUAAUAAUUGCUAAAGCACAUUCACUAGUUGAUACUCAUAUAGCUAUUUUUACCUAUUUUUGGCCAGUUUUUUAUUCUAUACUUGCUAAAAAUUUUAUUAUACACUUGCAAAUAUUAGCUAUUAUUUUUUCAGCGAUUUUGAUCAGAGAAACUAUGGUACUUCGCCCUUAUUUUUCUUUUUAUUACAGCUCAAUAGUUAUUCUGCGAUUAUUUUUUAUAGCAUUUGUAUCUCUUAUUUUUAUUUUGGGUCGAUUAAUGGACAACUCAUUGGUUAUAUCUAUACUUGCCAUUAUUUUAGGGCCAUUAUUGUCUAUUUUUAUCGUUCUGUUUACGAAAAAAUCAUAAUUAAAUAUGACGUCUCAGCUUAAGCAUAUCAGGGAGGCCAUGAAAUCUUCGAGCAAAUAUUUAAUUAUAUUCAGCAAGGUUUUACCAAGCUAGUAAUAACAGCUAUGCUAGAUAAGCAGCUCAUGUGGCGUGAGGAGCCUAGCUCUUGCCUAUUUUCUGACUGUGGUUUACCUCGAGGGAGGAGGAUGCUUGGAAGUUGGAAAUUAAUUGCUCAGCAAGGUUUUGGACACAUUGGCAUUUUUUCAUCGAGAAACCAAGAGUUACUUACAGCCUGGGCCUCAAAUUUUCGUCUUUGCUAAAGUUGGCCGAGAAUCCAUUUUUUUGAUUUUCUGUGCAAGAAAUCUCGUCGCUGCAGCCUGAAGCAAGGCUUGGAACGCGUAGUCUGCCCACUCAAAAGUAGAGCUAUCUCAUUGUAGUAUGAAGGAGGUGACAGCUAGGCUACCCGCCUUUCCGGCGAUCUGAAGUAGGGCGUUGUCAAAAAGCAGAUGAAUCCCCUUGUGGAAUCAUCAGUAAUUGAGUUAACCGAGUUAACAAAAGUGGACUCUAAUCAUCUAAUUAAGUAAGAAAGUUUACCAAAAAAUCAAAAAUUACUAAAAAUAUCCCUGAAGACAUUCAAAAUAUAAAUUCUGAAUACGAAUUAGAAAAAUAUUUAAGACAUGCAUUAUGCUCAAACGAUUUUGAAAAUAAAGACAAGAUAAUUCAAAUUUUUGAAAAUUUCUUUAUAGAUAAAAAAUUAAAUUGUAGUAAACUACUUGCCAUAUGAGAAGCAAACUAUUGUUUAUUUACAUUAGAAGAUAAAACAUUAGCCAAUGUCAAGAUUGCUAAAAAUAAAGAAAUUUCUGAUUUCAAUAUAGAAGCACAUUAUCAAGAAUAUUUCUGCAAUAAAAUUAUCUCAAGCAACCAUUUGUCUGAUAGCUUAAAUUUUUCUAACUUUUUUGCUGAAUUCCAGAUUGCUAAAAGAAAAGAUAAAGAUUUAUGCAUCAAUUUACUGAGUUUUUUAAAUGAAAUUACUUCUAUUAAGCCAAAUUUGAAAUAUUUAAAAAAGCAGUUGAACUCAAUAGACGAAGAUAUUUCAGUUUUGAAUAAGCAAUAUAGCCAGUUAUCAUUAAAGUAUUUCAAUUCUAACUUCCCUACUCCGUGAGCAAUAAAAAAUUUUGUUCACUCACGGAGGGGAUUAAUUUUUUUUAAAAAAAUUUAUAUAUAAAAUAUAUAGAAAAUUUUAUUUUUCGAGAUUUAAAAAAAAAUUAUAAUUCGCAAAUAUUGGAAAGCAAAUAGCUAAAAUUUAUGCUUUAAAUGCAAGCUGUUUAAGUUUAAAAUUAAACAGAAUUAGCUAGAGAUUUGACUAUAAUUAUCACUUAUAUAUUUUUUUUUCUAAAAAUUAUUAUAUUAAAAAAUUUUGUUCACUCAAAGAGGGCAGCUUUUGGGCAAAAAAUAAGGAUUUUUUCAAUUUUUAUUUCGUUCACGGAGGAGGAGUAAAGAACUUUUAUCUCUUUAUGCUUCAUAUGCAAAAGAUAUCAUUUAUGAUUUAGAAAAAUCUUCUUUAAUUGAAAUGAAAAUAAAAUCUUUCGAUCAAUUUUUUUCUAGUUCGAUUAUCGAUACUAGCACUUUCAGCUUUUUAAAUGAAAAUAAUGGAAUUUUAAUAAUUUCAAAUGAAUUUGAAAACUUUGGAGAAAUUCUCUAUGCAAAUCACAAAUCAGCUGAAAUUUUAAGACUUCCUUUAAAUAAUUUUAUCAAUGACAAUUUUUUUAAUUUUUUCCAUCCUUACCAUAAAGAAAGAAUUGCAAACGGAGCCAAGAAAUUUGUUCAAUUUAGUUCAUCAUUAGAAACAUACUUAAGCCAAGGCUUUUUUUUAAAUCUCCCAAACAAUUUAUUAGAAUGCGUUGGAAAAUUAUCAGUAACAGUAAUAAACAAUUUUAUUGUCUCUAUAUUGAUUUUUAGAGAAAAAGAAAUCAAGAAUCAAGUUGCCUUAAUUUCAGAUGAUUACGAAAUAAUUUGCCACUCUGCUAAUUUUCAAAGAUUUUUAGGAAAUCCUAAUAAUAAUUUUGUAGGAACAAACAUCAAAAAAUUAUUUUUUGAUUCAGAAGAAUUUGAUAUCAAGCCUUUUGUCGCUUAUUAGAUCAUGAUGGAAAAAAUUAUAGUUCCCUUUUCCUGAAGCACUGUGCGUUCCACAGUCGAUGCCUGCAGAGUUGACUCGCUCAAAGCAUUUUUUAGACCUUGCCAAAACUCCGUUUCUUGAUAGAGGCAUUUUCUCUCCUAAUCUGGCCAAAACCAGAUUUUUCAGGAACUUCCAUUUUAGCCCAAGUGCCAAAUUACCCAACCCUGCACUGCUUAGGCAAGAUCGCCCGAUUAAGGAGCCCUUUUAAAUUUGGAGAGGCUAGUCCUGAGUCUGUCUUACCCUUUUCUUCGGAUUAUCUCUGAAGAAAAACUCUAAGUCCUUACGCAGAUUCUGGACAGGCUAGGCAAGUCUCCCUGCCUCUAUCGGAUACCCGUUCUGGACCUGAGCGCUGCAGGCAAAAAAGAUGCAAAAAACUGCUUCUCGAGCCAUGCAGCUAAUAUGCGGGAUAGUGUUAGGCCUUUCGCUUCGAGGCUAACCCAACCUUUGGGUAGCUCUUUGCUCUAAAAUCCGGUCAGAAUAUACAUAAGGGCACCUGUCAAGAGAUGGGCCGCUCGGAACUGAAAAUUUAUUAAUAUCCUCUCGUCGCUUAUAAGUUACCAAAUUUUUUAGAUAAAAUGCAUUUAGUCUACUCAUAUUACGAAAUUUAUGGAAUAAAAGUCCCUUAUGCAAUAUUAAUAAAAGGAGACGAAGCAAUCAAAGCAUGGAAGAUUGAAGAGCUCGCCCUUAAUAAUAAAAAAGAAAAAUUGCAGGUUGCGGGCAGUCUUUUGUCAGUAAAGAUAUCAGAUUCAUUUGCUACUUCCAGAACUAUCAGAUCAUUUCAUAAAGAAAACCAUUCUGAAGAAGAUUUGGAAUCAAAAAUAGACUUAUAUCGAUUUACUAACGAAGCCCCUGACGAAUAUGAUUUUUCAGAUAAAAAUGACGAAAAUAAGUCCCAGUACUCAGCGAGUUCGUCUCAAAACAAAUUUCUCAAUAUGCUACAAAUUUCAUCAAAGUCCAUAAAUAUCCUUAAUCUGGCUUUUAUUUUUGCUGUGAUUUUUAUUUAGGUUUUAACUGUUUUAGCCGUCAAUAUAGCAGUAUUGGUCUAUGCUUUUUCUAAAAUUAAUAUAAUAAGCGAUGUGGAGCUGCCAUUAUAUAUUGGAAGAGCUGGAAAAUAUUUUCAGCAAGUUGCUUUAUAUUCUCAUAUGGUCUUUCAGUGUUACGCUUCUCAAAUGCCUGAAGUAAUCGCUCUUGUGCCAGACAUAUUCAGUAGAGAUGUGAGCUCCUUACUUCCCCCCUCCGUUAACUAACAAAACCAUUGCAAAUUCCUAUUUUUUGAGUAGAAAACCACCCUCCGAUAGAGCAAAAAAUUUUAUAUAUCAAAAUUUUUUAUGAAAAAUAUUUUGAUAUAAGUAAUAAUUAAUAUAAUGAAAUCUCUGCCUAUUUCUCUUUAAUUUUUAAAAGCAUAAAUUUCGUGUGCGAAUUUGAUAUUUUCAAAAAUAAUAAAGAAUUAUAAAGUUAAUAUAUAAUUGUUUUUAUAAAAUUAACUAACCAUCCUCCGUAGCAAAUAUUUUUUUGAAUCACGGAAGGGGAGCUGGCAGAUUUUGAAACGCUUUACUCGAAUAUGACAAUAAAGUCAAAAAACUGAAACCACUGUUCAGGUCAAAACAUUAUAAACGAUGUAAAUGUUGAUUUAUGACCAACAGAUGGCGGAGUUAAUCCAAAAAAAGUAAAUUUGGUGAAAGCUGUAGCAGAAUUUAUAAACCAUGUAUAA